CCCCGUUCCCACUCUUGGACGAAAGGCCGGCUUCCGACAGCCAAUCCGGCGCCGGCUGAAGGUGGAGAGUGACAGGCGCGGACGCCAAUGGAGUGACAAAGGCGGCGGCUGAGGAGAGGGAGAGGGGAGGGGUAAGCUGGGAACCCGAACCAGGCGCGGGUGUGUGGCGGCGUAUCUAGAUGGGAGUCGCAGUCAAGACAGGAGAGAGCGGGAGCGCCCAGACCGGGCCUACGCAGGUUAACCUUGAUUUGAACAACGUAUUUGCUUAGAUGAUUCCUGAGUUUCCUGCGUUUAAGAAUAAGUGGCACACUGCACAAGAUUUCAAGAUGAAUUCCUUAAUGGAAACCCCUGAGCUGCCGGCAGUAUUUGAUGGGGUGAAGUUGGCUGCUGUAGCUGCUGUUCUUUACAUUAUUGUCCGCUGCUUGAAUCUGAAGAGCCCAACUGCCCCUCCAGAUCUCAUAUACCAAGACACUCCUUUGUCCCGCUUUCUACUCAAGUCAUGCUCUCUUCUAACCAAAGAGUACAUUCCACCUCUGAUCUGGGGGAAGAGUGGGCACAUCCAGACUGCCCUCUAUGGAAAGAUGGGGAGAGUAAGAUCACCGCAUCCUUAUGGGCUUCGCAAGUACCUCACAAUGUCAGAUGGUGCAACAGCAACUUUUGACCUCUUUGAACCAGUGGCUGAAAACUGCAUUAGAGAAGAUAUCACAAUGGUAAUUUGUCCAGGAAUAGCCAAUCACAGUGAAAAGCAGUACAUCCGCACCUUUGUUGACUAUUCCCAGAAGAAUGGCUAUCGAUGUGCUGUGCUAAACCACCUUGGAGCUCUGCCAACUAUUGAACUGACUUCACCACGCAUGUUCACUUAUGGUUGCACCUGGGAAUUUGGAGCCAUGGUGAACUACAUCAGGAAAACUUAUCCUCAGUCCAAACUGGUUGUUGUGGGCUUCAGCCUCGGUGGAAACAUAGUGUGCAAAUAUCUGGGGGAGAACCAGAGUAACCAAGAGGGUGUAUUGUGCUGUGUCAGCGUAUGUCAAGGAUACAGUGCACUGAGGGCACAGGAAACCUUCAUGCAAUGGGAUCAGUGUCGGAGAUUUUACAACUUCCUCAUGGCAGACAACUUGAAGAAAAUCAUAUUGUCUCACAGACACACCUUGUUUGCUGAGAGCCCUAAAAAGCCUCAUAGUUUAUUGGAGUCAGACUUGAGCAGACUUCACACAGCAACAUCCCUUAUGCAGAUUGAUGACAGUAUCAUGAGGAAGUUCCAUGGCUACAGCACCUUAAAGGAAUACUAUGAACAGGAGAGCUGCCUGCAUUACUUGCAGAAAAUCUUUGUUCCCCUCUUGCUGGUUAAUGCUGCUGAUGACCCUCUGGUGCACGAUAGUCUCUUAUCAAUACCAAAAGCCCUCUCAGAAAAGCGGGAGAAUGUCAUGUUUGUUUUGCCAUUGCAUGGAGGUCACCUGGGUUUUUUUGAGGGUGCAGUACUCUUUCCUGAACCCCUCACCUGGAUGGAUAAGCUUGUGGUCCAAUAUGCCAAUGCCAUCUGUCAGUGGGAGAAGAAUAAAUCACAAUGCUCCGAUACGGAACAAUCAUCUGGCCAAGAAUAAACAGUUCCAAAGACUUCAGGUUGUUUCACCUUUAACCCCCAUCUUCUGGAACUCUUAAUCUCUUCUGCUUUUCCAGACCUAACUUCUGAACACGUUGAACUUAGGCAUUGACCAUAGUGUUUCAUGUCAAAGUAGAGCUACGGCCAGAGAGGCUAAUGACGGGCACUGAGCAAGUUGGGAGUAUAUUUGAUCGUUUACAGUACAGUUGUGUAUUGGAAGAACUGAUGCACUGUAUUGGUGGGUUGCCAUCUAUAGCUUGCUUCAGGGUUCUGAAACAAGUGCAACAAAAGAACAUUUUUGAGAUUAGCAAGAAGUUUUGAUGCUCUUGACCAUCUGUUCACACUUUCACUGAUAGAAACUGAAACAAAAAAACCCACUCCUGGUUUUUGCAAAAAAAAAAAAAACUUGUCUAGCAGUCAGUGAUGUGCGUUAGGAGUUACAGUCUGUUUGUGGUUGCAUUUUUUCCCUCCCCACCUGGGGGGAGACAUCUAUAUCUAUCUGUAGAGGAAAUCAGUUGUAGUUCGCUCUGCAAGUCAUCGGAAAGGCUGUCCACAAAACAAGGGGAAAGUUGAAAGAAUUAUGAGUUUCCGGAAUUGCAUCCCUUUAAGAAGGGGGGUGGGGGUGGGGGCUUGCCCUUUUUGAUUAAUGCACUUCGAGGGUUUAGAUUGCUUUGAAAGUGUUUGAUGUGUAAUCAGCACUACAGUUGCUCCAGAAUUCUGGAGUGAUGGCUGGGUGUAUACAGUCACAUUUUGCUUUUUGUUGAGAUUUGUCUCAAAGACGGCUUCUGGGUUGAUCAGUCCAGUGGAUUCCCUGUUGUGUUACUACUCGAGACUAAACAAGUAGCCUUGUGAUACUUGCCUUUUCUAGCGUAAGGAAUUUUUAUUUUGACACAAGACAUUUGUGUGCUCUUAACCCAGGCCUUUUAAUACGGUCUCCGAAUGGAAGCCACUUGCUAUCAGUUUGUAGGUGGCCCUGUUUUUUGUGCUUUGUUUUCUAGAGUACUUCUUAGCAAAUCUAUAUGUAUGCUCUUAGGAACUUUGUGUGUGUGUGAAAGAGAGAAUAUAAUAUCCAUCUAUGCUUUUUUUUUUGUCUUACCCACAUUUCAUGUCUGCUAGGGAAGAACAUAGUAGAUAAAUAAUUAAAUCCCCAGACUUCUAAAGCGUUGAACUGGCUAUUUUCAGUCAGUAUGCCUUGCCUUAGAGGAGAUGGGGAUUUGGUGUCUACAAUACUGAAAUGCUUAAAAGGAAAAAAAAGUUCUGUAUCUAAUGCAUCUACAGUUACUGGGUUAUAUAGGACAAUCUGAUGAGUCCAGUGUUCUGACUUUUCUUUCAGAGCAAAAACAUCAACAGAAAAUUGGUGAAUGAUGCAUUAGGCUGAGUUACAAUGAAAAAGAUUUUUUACUACCACACAAUAGAGAGACAUAUUUCUUCACUGAGCUACAGAGUUUCCACCCUGGAAGAAAAAUCUUCAGCCAUAAAUGUAUUAAUAAGAUUUUUUAAAAAAUCUGAUAUUUAGAUUACUUUUCUAUUAAGGCAGUGGAACAUUGUAGUAAGACUCGGCUUCCCUUCAGAAUUGUCAGCUCACUGUUGCCUCCUUGUGGUCCCUUUCACCUCUGUUUUUAAAGCAGUUCUUACGCACCCCAAGUCCCAUAACAGUUAGCACUUUAUUGUUUAAACCUUUUUGUUUUUGUUGUUCAAGGCACUUUAAUUAUAGUGUGAUUAUUAUUUUUUACAUGGAUAGGAAUUCUUUCUGAACUUGGAUGCUUCGUAGAACAUAUCCUGGAGCAGCUUUGAAAUUCAGAAAGGUGUAUGUUGAGUUUUCGGGGGUUAUUCUAUUCUCUUCUAGUUUUAUUUAUUGAGCAAUAAUUAGCUACUGUAGCAGAGGUGCAUUUCUGACAUCAGGAAUAAAAACUCCUUCAGCCUUAGUUCAGCAACCUUGACAUGUCUGGCAAGCUGUGUAGAACUCAUGUUCUACUCCCUCGGAUUUGAGGGACUGACCAAGACCAAGCCUAGCAAGGCAUGAUUUGGCCAGUGCUUAUGCCUCUUUCGUUUUCCUCAAAAGAGUGGGCUCUCCAUUCUUUUUCAGCCUAUUUCUAUGUUAUUCUUUGGAAUUUUCUUCUAUAUCCAUAAACUGCCAAAAUCCUACGUAAACCCUAGUGUGCAGAUGAAAUUAUAGGUGCAUAAGCAGUGGAGGUCACUAUCUAGAGUCUGCUUUCUGUUUGAGUGGAAGUAGGUGUUGAAAUCAUUUUUAGUUAACUGCAGAUAUAUAUUGGAAGUGAAUGUAGCUUCUUUACCCCCACUCAAAAUUUAGAAAGUUAGUUAUGAGAGUGUCUGUUUCACAUCAGUCUCCACAAUAUUAGUUUUUUUCCUGUUUAGUUUGCAGCUGUUUUGCCAAAAAGAGUUUGCCUAGCAGCACCUAAGCAUAGAAGUUCCUCUAGACCUGCCACUGAGAGCCAUCUUUCUCAUCUGCCCCACUUCUGGUUUCUCUUUAGAUCAUAUAAAUCUCAUCUGCCCCACUUCUUAGCAAAUGGGUACUAAAUAGUGGAAUUCAACACUACCAUUGACUUCUACCCAAGUAAGACCUUUUUGAUGCAUUUAAAAGGGAAACUACAUUUUUCGCAAAGGAAAGGCUUUUAUUACCUUCUCCUGCUUGAAGGUAGAUGUGAGGAUGCAAUUAUUUAUAAAGGGCCCUUCAGCUAUGGAACUGGUUUUGCACCUGAACAAGAAGAUAAGUUGAUGCCUGGUUUUGAUGGCACUCCAGUGUUCAUAUUUAGGCAUUCUUAAGCUUCAGUACUCAGGGAUCACAUGGUAAUGCACCUAUGUAAUGCAGUCUUUUCAAAGAAGAUCACUUCAGUGGUUAAAAUUCUUUUAAAUGGGGGUGAGCAUGAACCACUCUGUCUAAAACCAUCAAACCCUUGAAAAUCAUGAGUGCUCUUGUGAAAUGUUAGAAGGGAUCCCUUUUCCCUACACCCCUCCCCCCAAAAAUGUGGAGCUGUUACAGAGUCUUUAGAUCUCACUAACAGGGCCAUAUAGAAAUUUGGAAACCUGUUUGCCCCAUAACACUGCCAGUAAGGCCAUAAAAUUGAGGUUCUCAAUCUGCUUGAUAGACAUGCUUGGGGAUACACUUAUUGCUCCUCACCCCCCAGAAAAAACCCCGUAGGGGAAAGAACAAGCUAACUUGACCCAACAGGAGGAAGUGGCUUUACAAAUUCUAUUUAAAUAAUGUGAUUCUGACUUUCAGUUAGUAUUUUCCAGUAAAUAGGUGGUUCUGCUGUAAUGCUUCUCCCUGUUUAUCAGUAGCAACCCCCCCCCAAAGAUAUUACAUGGAAACAAACAAACAAAAACAAGGAAGCUACAUGCAGUACACUUAACAUUUCUUCCAUCCCAUUAUUUUUGUAACUGUGCAUAGGAGCUCACUAGAUCUGGUUACUUUUUUUUAAAAAAAGCAGCAUGCCACUUCAGCCCUUUCUGUUUGAGGUGAUCUUUUGCAUUCAAUUGGUUUGCCAUGUGGUAAGAGCUGCCAUGUUCAAAUUAUUUUCAAAGCAGAUUUCAUCAGAUGAAAGCAUAAAGCAGCUCUUCACUGUUAACACCUGCAGCUUUCUGUUAGCUGUGCAUCUAUUUCAACAUUCAUAUCUUCACUGUUUUGUUGAUGCCUGCACUAAAGUGGCCUGGUUGUAGGUGAAAUGUUUGUAUUCCAGAUAUUCAUGGAUUCUUAAGGUUGGGUACCUUUUUAAGAUUGGCUCUGGUCUUUUUGUGAAGGCUUAUAUUACUAGGUAGCAGGUCAUGUUUACAACUCUCUUUUUGUCCCAGACUCAUGCUGAAAGUGUUUGGUAUAUUAUUUUCUAAAAGGGCAUGCCCUACAUUCAGUUAUACAUACUGAGGUUAACAGUUUUCUUCCGGUUGCAUUGUCAUUGGCCUUCCUUUGAGUUUUCUGCCAGAAUAGAACUUCCAACUCCCUGUCUGGGGACUCUUAUCAUAGGAAAGCAUCUCUACAAGGAGAGGUCCAGGUGUGUAUCACUGAGUAGUCAUGACAAGAGUAAUAAUGGCCAACAAGAAGGUGGUAAAGUAUCUGAAACACACCACCGGCCCCCUCCCAUAUAUCAGUUGCCUAAGCAAUCCUUCUUAGCUACAUGUUAUGCAGACCUCUUAGUUGCACACCAGGCACACUUAUUGCCAGUGAUCUAAAUGAGGGCAAAAAGUAGCCUGCUGCUGGUGUACUGAGCAAGGUCUCCAUUGCAAAGGGGUGCUGUGUGCCAUGCAACGCUGCUGGAGUUUUGUGGCCUUCGUACUAUUCUAACAUCUUGUUUUGCUGUCUCCACAUGUUCCUUAUGUGGAAUUGUUUUCUUCUUAAAGUCUCCUUUGCCUUGAAGCGCCUCUGGUUUGGUUGCUUGACAAAAUGAGAUGAAAUCAGCCGGGUGGAAUGCGGGGGCAGUGGGAUCUCCGACCCCCCCCCUUUUUUAUCAAGAACUGUACUGUAUCUCAUUGAAGCAUCUGGUGUUCUGUUCUUUUUGCUGGUUACAUUAAAGGGCACAACCAUGAAAGGGCAGCAUUUAUAAAGCUGGAACUGAGAAUUGGUAUUCCCCCCCCCCAAAAAAAAACCCCGCUUUCCCCCCCAUUUUGCAACCAGAGUAACCAUCCCUGUUUUCUCCAUGCAAGACAUUUCCUCAGUUUCUGGGACCACCAACCCUCCAGCACUUUUGCGGGUUCAAAUCCUUGUAGAAUAACCCAUUGUUUCAAAAUUCCUGAGAUGGGGAUUCACUGUUUUUCAGCAUAUAUUUUUUUGUAACUCGCAGGAGUUAUUAUUUUGCUAUAUGCAGCAGAAUCUCUGCUUGUACCAAACAGCCUUUUCUAGAACUGAAGUAGGUUCAGUUCCAUAUCAGUGGCUGAUAAAAGCCUAUGCAGACAUCAUGGCUUAAUUUGAGUGUACUGGGAACCUCAAGAACUUAAUCUGCCAUUGAGAUUCAUCAGUGUAGUGUAUUAGAAUCUGUGAGUCUUUCCGUUCAAGUUAUUUUAUCACAGCUAUUUCGAUUGCAUUUGAUAGUAAAAUCAUAGAUUCAUUCUGACAGCCUUUCACCUUAUUUAAGAAAGCACAACUUUAAAAGAUAAACACCCCAUUUUUCUCCUGAACACACAGAGGAAUAUCCGAACACCUCAGGAAGCUAGACCUGUACCUGUGCGCUCUUUGAUUUCUGUCACUGCAGCUGCCUUAUCGGAGUGAGUUGAGUGUUUGGUUUUUUAGGGUUGUUUUGUUUUUGUUUUUUUAAAGAAAGACGAUGUCUCUUGAACCUCAGUUUUUUCUUCUUCUUCUUUUUUUUGGUAAUUUUUGCUUCCAGACAGACAUUUUGGAAAACAUCACUUUCACAUUCCUAAUUCCUUUGGAAACAAAAAUGCUGCCCUGAACAGGUUUCAUGUGUGUAAGUGACUCUCGUGGUUGCUGGUUCCUUUCUUGUCUCUUAGGAACCAGUUGCUGCUGGGAUGAAAAUUUGCAACUAGCAAUGCAAUUUUUCUAAAUCUGCUAAUGUUUCAAGUUAUUAAAAGUGUGUCCUUGAUCUUUUUUUUCUUAAUUUUUUUUGUUCUGUGUGUGAUAAACAGAGUCAUGCGGAACAGAGUAAUUUUGUUAUAUUUGAUUCAAUGGAAUUUCUUUGCUUAAAAAAAUAAAGAACUUAUUUGAGUUCGGAA